AUGGCAGAUUCACCUCAAGAAGGUGUACACGAGGCCAUUACCCAUACGCGCUCAUUCACAGGGUGUGUCACAUGUCGAAGUAGACAUGUGAAAUGCGACGAAGGACGUCCAGAAUGUUCAAUGUGUCAAUAUUUUGGCUUAGCUUGCGGGGGAUACAAGAAAGUUAUCUUCUUUGAUUUUGAGAGCUCACUACGCAAUCAUGGGGUCCGGUUUCGUCGACCAUUGUUUACAGUGAAGGAAAGAGAACGCAUGAGUCAGUGGCUUGUCUCAAGCGCUCCUCCAAAGAAAACCCAUCAUAUUCUAUCCCAAAUUGAUGAAGAAUGCGAAAGAGCAACUACUUCGGAGGAAAUCGAGAUCCACCAAGGUCCAUUCGGGGCGUUUAGAUCAAACCAAGGUCAAGACACAAUUCCGCGUGAACCAGCUAUGAACGACUUUGAAGAGACACAGUCCAGUUCUCCGGAAGAUGUGGUUCUAUUCAGCAAUUCGUCCGACAUGCUUCUGUCGCCUUGGUCUCAGUCCUUAACGCACUUCACAUUUGAUCAACCAGAGCAUGUUCCCAGUCCGCCUUCCCUGGUAUGUUUAGACGCCAUGAUAGAUCAAGAUUCCGUGGAAGACGAUCCAGUACCCCAUGGAUAUUUACCCACAUCAUGUCUUCCAGAUCAGUCUUACAAUCAUCCAAUAUUACCUAAUCUUUUUACUUCUUCAACGGGUACCACGAAAGCCCUGCCCCAAGAUGCCGUGUUCCUUCUCAAGCACUAUGCUUCGGCUGUAAUUAGCCUGAUGACGCCCCUCCGACACUCUAAAACCCCCUGGCACAUUCUUUUUAUACCUCACACCAAGAGCUGCCUCGCGGGCUUGGUUCUUGGUGAUAACAUGAGUGAUGCCAGUCUAUGUGCCUUCUACGGGACAUUAGCCAUAAGUGCAUUCAGCCUUGGGGGAGUCUCUCGAUCCCAAACAUGGAGCGAGAAGGCCAUAAUUUACAAGCAAAAAGCCCAGCAACAUGCGAAAAUGAUGCUUAUGACCGCCUACAAUUUUCCGAAAGUAGCCAAAUACAAGUCAAUCUUGAUGGCAUUGCUCACCAUGGUCCAAGUGACGAUGUUCUCAGGGAGCCGAAGGGAAUCGGAGUAUUAUUUCGUUGAAGCUGAAAAGUUCAUUCGUUUAAGAGGACUUCCGCGCAAAAAGUCUCGAAAAGUACGAUUACUACAUCACUGCUAUGUAUUUGAACGUAUCAUCCAUGAGAGUGUCUUCAUUUGUGGAGCGAACUCAAGACAGCGUCAUCACGUGCACGCAGCCAUUGAAACCAGCGGGCUUGGAAACUACAGCCUCGACAGUCUGUCAUUUCGCUUAUCGGGUUGGAAGAAUCUGGACCAAGAAAUGAUGAGAGUGCGUGGGCAAGAGGAAGGCGAGAAUGAUCUGCAUCUUGAAAGACCUGGCUUCUGGUCUAACACCCUAUACCCGGAGAUAUUUGGUAUCCCUGAACCAUGGGUUCUUCUUCUAUCCCAAGUUAUUCGAUUAGGGAAGGAAAAGGACGCGGCAGAAAGAGAGGAUGCAUCGAACUGCAUCAGCUUAAAAGAGUUCAUCAGCCGGGCGAAGACUCUCGAAGACUACAUCAACAAGCUGCCACUACCCAGCCUGGAGAAUAUCCAAUCUGAAUUCGACCACGAAGUCAUAGACAAUAUGCUCAAUGCCAUGCAAAAUGCACUGGCAAUAUAUUUCUACCGUCGAAUCUACGACGUGGAUGCUUCCUUGCUACAGCAAAAGGUCGUGGUCGUGUUGGACCAUCUACUACGCUGCGAGAACACGGACUCUACUGUAGUACAUGGCUCGGCAGGAUUUAUCUGGCCUGCGUUUAUUGCGGCCUGUGAGGCCGACGAUCCAUUGGUUCAGGCAUCAUUCUCCAACUGGUUUGUGAAUUCGGCACGCCGUAGUGGCUUGUCUUGCUUCACUGAAACAUUGGCCAAUAUUCAACGAAUUUGGCAGGAGAAGACUUGUGCUAACGGGAAGAGUGUCACUUGGUUGGAUUUAAUGAAAGGCUCCAUGCCGAUACAUCAGAUAUUUUGA